UUUCCACAGCAUGUCUGUGUUUUUCGACUUGUUGAAGGAUGAGGAUGUUGCAGAUGCCCACACAAUCGAAUUAGCAGGAUAUCCAAAGGAUGAGGCUGCCAGCUUGGAGGCGUUCAGGUAUCGCCAGUGCAAAGCACCUGAACUCUUCCUCGGGGCCUAUCUGCCAGACGAGCGCGGUCGGAAACUAGUCGGCUAUGUCUGCGCGACGACGUCGCGAUCCCCGUCGCUCACGCACAAGUCAAUGUCGACCCACGAGCCUGGCCCGUCUGUCUGCAUACACUCCGUCUGCGUCGCACCUGAUCACCGCCGGAAAGGAGUCGGGCUCGCUCUGUUGAAGGAGUACCUGUCGCGCCUGGAGACUCAGCCAGACCGUCUGGGAUACCAGCUGGAGCGGGUACUGCUCAUCACACACGAGGAUCUGCGCAGUCUGUACGAGAAGGCUGGCUUCGAGUGGGUGGGUGAAAGCGCGGUCGUGCACGGCUCACGGCCGUGGUUCGAGAUGCGGACGGUGCUCAAGCUGCCGCAAUCGCAGCCAGAGCAGCCGAUCUCCGUGCCUGCCGACAUCUGGGAGCAGCUACAACGUGCAUCGACAUCGCGAAACCGCCCACAGGCGGUGCCCCUCUCAGCAUUCCCCAACGGCGCACGGGAUCUAGUCGCCGACGAUGGACAAGGCAAUCAGCAGAACCAAUUCGACCUGCUGUGUCCUCGAGACGGAUGUGGCAGCAUUAUUCUCAAGGCUGGCGCAGGCUCUCUCGUAGAGCGCGAGAGCGUGCCGCUUGACCCACCAGGGGUUUCUGGGAUGUCUGCAAGUCCGCUCGCGCCUCUUCCGCCACCACCGGCGACGACGAACUGGUGGCUGGUGACUCCGAAUGCGAUGGCGUUUGAAAACAUUGGAUUCACGCGGCCGGUGGCCCUGCAAGCGACAAAAAAGAAGCUGAAGCUGCUGAUCUGCGCGGAGUGCGACCUUGGGCCGCUAGGAUGGUGUGAGGAGGGCGGGGGCGAGUUCUGGUUGGCCGCGAGUCGUGUGGGAUAUCGGAAUUAA